GUUUGGCUCAACACUCUGAAGAGAAGUGAAAAACUGUCUUCUCAAUGGAAGAUGAUUGUGAACCUGAGCAGAGCUCCUGGGCUCAUUUACCUGAUGUCUGUCUGAGGCACGUCUUCCGUUGGUUAGAUGACAGGGACAGAUCUCGGGCUGCCUUGGUCUGUAAAAAAUGGAGUUGCGCCAUGUACUCAGGAUCCCUCUGGAGAAGAAGAACCAUCACAUUCUAUGGCCGACAGUCAAGGGCACGGACACUGGAGUUUCAAAGUGCACUGUGGUAUGUCAAGAAAUUUGGCAAGUAUUUGGAGCACCUUGAGAUCAAGUUAUCAAAUCCUUCCAAUACUGCCUUUACCCAGAAAUUUCAAGUGACUAUGAGAGGUCUUCUUUCACAUCUGGGUAAGUGUAACAGUCGCCUGGUAUCCUUGAGCAUCAAGUACCUGGAAUUAGACCGCUUGAUCUGGAAAAACACGGUCAGGGCUCAGUUUAUCAAGAACUUAGCUACCUUCCUGAAAAGAAUGAGCAAACAACUUGAUUAUCUCAGCUUAAAAGGAGCAAGAGUAACUUUGGAAGAAGGCUGCGAGCUUCUGAAUUCUCUGAGCUGCUUGACAAAUAAAAGCUUUGUAUCUGAAAUCAAUAUUGAGGAUUUCUUCAGUCUCCACCUUCCUGUCUACAGCAGCACCUUGUUCCACCAAACUAUGUCCAAGUUCCACAGCCUGGUCAUCCUGACUUUCAAUUAUAACUGCAUCUCUGAUGAACUGCUGGACAUCCUGCAAGAGCAGAGUGCUCAUUCCUUGUGUGCCUUGAAUAUCAAAUGUCAUAUCCGUGACCCACAUGGGCAAGUAGUCUUGGGAAUGUCAUGGGCAAACUUGGCUAAGAGAGCCCCAAAACUGAACGUGAACUUCUUCUUUGAAAGAGUGAUGAAGCAUGAUCACCUAGCCAGGAUCCUGCUAGUGGAGAUCCCUGUAAGGACCAUCAGUCUAAGGAGCUGCUAUUUCAGUAACCCAGACUGGACAAUGAGACCUACCCUCACCAACCUCCUUCCAGCCUACUGGCAUGUUCUGCAGAAAUUGACACUUGAGUUAAACAAUGGCCACGAGCUGCUGGAUGAUGAGCUGCUGCAGCUCAUCUUAACAUGCAAGAGGUUGUUAUUCCUGAAACUCUGGGCAUUUCUAAGUGUCACCUUUAUCGAGAGGCUGCUACAAAACCGUGUGGAAAGGAAAUGCAUUUUGACUACCAUAAAGGUCAGGAUUUACACAGCCCGACCAGAGAGCAGUGAGGAGGAUCGGCUGUUGCGCGAUAUUUACAGGAAGUUCAAAUACCUGAUUGAUUCAGAGCUUAAUUAUUUUGUCAUCACCUACCCACUGGUGUAAACCACAGGGAGAGAGAAGAACCCAGUGACAUCUGCAAGCAAUGAAUGGAUCCUUUGGAGGGUGUUAGUAAGGAAUUUGAAUCUUGGCAGCAGUGCCUCUAAAAGGAAGAUAUCAUUACAGCGAGAGAGAGGCAAGGGACAAUUUUACACUCCAUGCAUUAAAAUGUUGGACUUGGGAACUGGCUUCCUAUGUCUCCAGCGUAAUUUAUUCUUGUGCCUGCUUUGUUUUUCCUUGCCAGAACCAAAGGAAGCAGUGAGCCCUUUUUCACCCUUACAGGCAUCUCAAGCGAAUAUAAGGCCAUCCUCUUUUUUUCAGCAGUUCUCAUUGCAGAGCAUCAAACACCUUACCAAUGAAGCCCAUUUCAUUGUUUCCAUUUUACAAAUAGGGAAACUGAGAAAUGGGUUGAGGAAGUGGUUAUUCAAAACUCAGCCUUGGCUUGAUCUUGACUCAGGUGCAGUCAGAUGCACUAUCCAGUCCCUACCUCUUGUUAAGUUUGAUAUACACCCUGUGCCUCCUUAACAGCAGAUAUUAAGAACAAAUACCAUGGCUACUCCUGGGAGUCACCCCUCCCACUCACCCAGCUUCCAAGAAGUGAUUUAUGAGGAGACUCCUGUUCUAGCUUCCACAGUU